UGUACAUCAGUUACUGCGACAAGUUUGAAGUCAAGGACGCGUGGGCGCCUGGUCGCUUUUCAUCGUUUUCUUUAAUGGUAAUUCGUCUCUGAUCAUCAGUUUUCUGUUAGCAACAUUUAUAAAUCACAAGGACAUGAUUCGGCUCAGUAGAAUAACGAAAAUGUUUUCAGAAACAGUCUUCAUUCAGAAGACAAGUUCUGUUCCUUCGAUAACAAGAAAACUUUCUACUAACAUUUGCCUGUCAGCUCCUUCUGAUUGUGCCCUUCCUGAGCCUCCGUUGCCACCUAACAAAGUCAUUUUGAAUACUUUGGGUGAACCAACUUUUUCCUCUCUGGGUUUGAAUAGCUAUUGGCCUUCGGGUUGGUAUCAAUGCUUGUUGGAGACUCUACAUGUGCACCUAGAUUUACCAUGGUGGGGCGCUAUUGCGGCUUCAACUGUUUUAAUUCGUUUAUGUGUGUUUCCUGUCAUGGUGCGUCAACGACGUCAUUUGGCUAAAUAUACAAAUGUGAUGCCUCAAGUCGCUAUCCUACAGGAAAGUUUGACACGUGCUAGACUCUCUGGAAAUUAUAUUGAAAUGAUGCGUACUUCUGAGAAGAUGAACCAGCUCAUGAAGAACAAUAAUUUGAAUCCACUAAGUGCCUUCAAAUAUGUGCUUCUUCAAGCCCCAAUUUCCCUUUCCGUUUUCACAGGAAUUCGAGGUUUGGUGAAUCUCCCAGUAACUAGCUUGCAGACUGGUGGUACUGCUUGGUUUACUGACUUAACAGCAUCCGAUCCCUAUUGCAUCUUACCAUUUCUCUCCAUGAGUUUACUCAUGCUGACAUUUGAGACUGGCGCUGAACUACGUUCGAGUCAAGCACAACCUGCUAUGCGUGUUCUUUCAAAAGGGUUACCGGUUGUUGGUUUCUUUUUCGUAAUGAACAUGCCAUCGGCUUUGGUAUGGUAUUGGACUGUUAGCAACAUAGUUUCUCUUUUACAAUCAAUAAUUCUACGUCAACCGUUAAUUCGUUCUUAUUUAAACCUCCCAUCUGUUCAAAAACCUCCUUCAGUGAUCGAAAAGAAACGUGGUUUUAUCGCAGGAUUCAAAGAAACGUUAACUAAUUCACGCUUGUUAGCGGAGUUGGAUUCAAGAGAACGAAUAGAUGCGAAAGCUUGGCAGAAAUCUGGUCAUAAGGCUCCUCCUGUUACAUUUAUUUCUGACCCGACCAAGCUUACAUCAAACCACGAGAAAAAAAUUUCUUCUGACAAAACAACUGAUAACGGAUCACGAGUGCAGUUAAAAAUCAAACAAAGCCUCGGCAGUCGGUAAUAUUUCUAAGCUUACAAAAACAGUGUGUGUUUUCUUCUUUAUGACAAAAAAUAUUUCCUGGAUUUGUAUAGUCAUUUCAAAAGAAAAUAAUAGAUGAUUUUACAUUGA